AUGAAGAGUCUAGUUGCCCUCAGUCAGGCUUACAAAAGUGUCAACGAAAUCAUUCAUGAAAUAGUCGACGUCUUCUCAUUUCCCAUUUUCCUCAUUAUCACAGAGUUGGGUGCGUCGAUUAUCUAUGAUUCGUACUACGUUGUGAUGCCUUUUUUGUUGCCUUCGUUCGAACUCUCAUGGAUAUUGACUGCCAAUUCUUUGUUUUACGUUCUGACAUACGUAUUUCCCAUUGUUAUCGUCGUGACAAGCAUGGAUCGAAUUGCAACUGAGAUGAAAAGAACAGCACCGAUAGUUCAUGAUCUCUACACAAAAGCUGGUCUUGAUCGAAACGUCAAAUCUCAUUUCAAGCUACUGUCGUUAAAUCUCCUGCACCAAAAAAUCUGCUUUACCGCGUACCAUAUUUUCCCGUUGGACAACACCCUGAUAGGUUCUAUAUUCAGCAUGACCGUAGCGUACCUGGUAAUCGUCAUUCAGUUCCAAAUUUUAUAAUCAUCAAUCAGAA